AUGUGGUUUCCAUUAUUUUUCACCCACCCACGCGCAUUUCUUUCUAUUUCUCCAAACCAUUUCGCCGACGAAUGGCAUUCCGAGAUAGCGAUUUUUUAUUCCGUUGCGUGAUUAUCGGUGUCAUUCGCAUAACUACGACCAGUAAAAUCGUAUCAGUUGCGAUGGUUACCGUCCCUUGGAAGGUGCGAACGAUUAUUUCGUUGCUUCUUUUCCUCGGAGUGUUUCUCGUGGCAACGGAGCUGCUGUGUCAGAGAUCGAAGGCGGUGCUACCAACUCCGCCCCUCAAAAGGAUCACGCAAUGCGAGGAGAGAAUCGCACGAAGCCGCGUCUCUCAACGAGGAGAUUUCUUCGUGCUGGAGAACGUGGUGCGGCCCUCCGGACAGGUCAAAUGUUACGAAUCUGUUACGUACACGACGCAAGCUGAUUACAGCUUCCUGGACAAUCUGCCGGAUCUGAUGAAACGAUGGAAGGGUCCGAUCAGUGUAGCGCUGUUCGCACCAGGCGAAGACUUUCGACCGACCCUCGAUUCCAUCGCAUUCUUGAGGAAUUGCGAAACGCCGUUGAUCAAGCACCACGUCACCUUUCACGUCUUCUUCCCGGUGGAUCAUUUCCCCAAAACGAUAUAUAAGAUGGCGUUAAUCGAAGCCUACGAGGAUGUUUACAACUGCCAGAAGGGCGCUCCCUAUCUGAACGUCAAGGUAAACGAAAUGUACAGGAGGAAACUCAAUCUGACCUAUCCGAUAAAUGUGGGACGUAACGUCGCGCGCGAAGGGGCGUACACCCAUUUCGUGCUCGCCUCAGAUAUCGAGCUCUACCCAACGCCCGACUUUAUCCCGAAAUUUCUCGAGAUGAUCACUGCGAAUCCCGAGUAUGCGUACCGCCACAACCCUCACGUUUACGCCCUUCCCAUCUUCGAAAUCAACGCAAACGAAUCGGUCCCGCCCAACAAGACCAUCCUGCAGGAGAUGAUGCGCACGGGAAAGGCAUUCCUGUUCCAUAAAAAGCUGUGCUCCGCCUGCCACUCUGUACCCAAGAGCAAGGAGUGGCUGGUCGCCAAGGAGACGGAGGGUGUUGGCGUGUUCACGGUGGGCAAGCGGAUGGGCGUGAACAAGAUGUGGGAGGCGUUCUACGUGGGCACCAAUCAGGACCCGCUUUUCGAUGAUCGCUUGACGUGGGAGGGGCAAGGAAAUAAAAUGACGCAGGGUUAUUCUUUGUGCCUGCUAAAUUACGAUUACAUGGUUCUGAACAACGCUUUCCUGACCCACAGACCUGGAGUGAAGAAAUCCAAGGAGCAAAUCAACAAAUAUUCUCGGUACAUCGGAGCAACGAAUCGCUUGAUCAAAAGGAAAAUAAAGGUGGAGCUUGAAGCUCUUUACGGGAGUAGACAGGGUUGUUAUUUAUAACGCUUAGUGUAUACAAAUAAA